AGGAACUGAAUGGUUGAAUAGUGACAUAGUAAACGUGUUAUACCACUACAUUUGACAAACCUUAAAAACAUAUUGGCAUUAACGAAAUGGUUCUGCUGGAGAACGACGCGUUUUUAGUGGAGCUAACACGACUUUUCGACAAAUCUCGACUUUCUGGUUCUGUAGUACUUACUAUUAAAAGAUUUAACGGACAUAAUAAACCAGUACCUAGAGAAGGCAGGCCUCCGUUACCAACACCAAGUGAAUUUCUCUGUUUAGUAAGAGCUACAUUAAGAUCCAAAAAAAUUUCUACUGUUAUACAUUCUAAAGAUGUAAAUAAAUUCCAACAAGCAUAUUGGAAUUUGUUAAAAUCAAAUGUUAAUGGCCUUAAGAAACUAAAGAAAAUUAAAUCUGCAAAGCCUAAAGUUCAUUGA